CACGACACUUCAAGGAGGCGACGCACAACGCGCUCUUCAACUUAUGCAUCAGCUUUUGAAUGACGAUCAAGAUUGGAUACGGACGAUGGGCCCUAAUACACGCGCACAUCGGCGAGAACUUCCGAGGCUGAUGGUUCAACUGUCACAUUUCUCGGACCAGCUACCCAGGGCUUUGUUCUUACUUGAUGUCAAGAAAGUCGGCAAAACGACAGAUCGAGGGGGUGGGUCAGCGGAUAUAUAUGGCGCUACUUUAAACCAUCAAAGAGUUGCUCUGAAACGCCUCCGAUGUUUCAUGAAUACAACACCUCCAGAAAGGCAGAAGUUAUCACGGGAUCUGUCCCGGGAGGCUCUGCUCUGGCGACAUCUUCGCCAUCCAAAUGUUCUACAGUUUCUAGGCGUGGAUAAUAUUAGUUUCACCGGUAUGCCAUGCAUGGUCCUGCCUUGGGUCGAGAGGGGAAACAUCUUGCAGCAUAUCAAAGGCCUUAGACCCCAUCCUUCGUCGAUGCAACUGAAUAUAUGGCUGAGAGAUAUAGCAGCAGGAAUGACAUAUCUUCAUACUGAAGCCAUUAUUCAUGGAGACUUACGUUGCAGUAACAUUCUGGUCGCAGAUAAUGGAUUGGCGCAACUCACGCAUUUCGGCUUGUCCGUGUUCGCUGAUGAGAGGAGCCGUAGUCAUCAUUCACUUAGGGGUGGCGCUGCACGUUGGCUCGCCCCGGAAAUUCUAGAUCCUUCAAUCUUUGAGAGGCAAUCUAGUCGUCCAACAUACGCGAGUGACGUAUAUUCCUUUGGAUGCCUGUGUGUCGAGUUUACACACGCAAGCGACCGUUUGACGAAUUUGGGGACCUUCAGAUAUUCAAUCUGGUCCUCGGCGGUGUACGGCCUUCACGUCCAACGUUGUCGGAUGGAACGCCAAUGUCAGAAUACUUAUGGCCUUGGGUUAAUGCUUGCUGGUGUCAUAACCGCGAAGAUCGACCACAAAUGGGCGUUGUUUGGACGGUCAUGACCGUGGCAGUCGUGUCGAAGCUAGGAAAGCAUCCCAAUGAAUCAUUAGUUUUUCCUCCAACUUAUUCGGGCAGCGGGUCUAUGCCAACUUGAUGCGCUAUAUUAUUAUUAAGCUGUACCUAUUUCGUGAGGAGCACAACUUGAAUGUACAUCCUUCCUUACUAGUGGCAACACAAUGUCUAAGUCUACUCUAUAAAGGAAAUAUCAUGCG